AUGUAUCGUACUGGUAUCAUCAGCACUGCCCAGGAGCACUGGUUCCUUUUGGCUGCCUCGUUGCUGCCGCUUUUCCUUUGUUACUCCAUCUGCCUCGCUCUGGUUUCGCCCUUGAGGUCGAUCCCAGGCCCUUUUGUUGCCCGGUUCACCAAUCUCUGGUAUAUCACAAGGUUGUAUCGUGGCCACUUCGAGACUGAUGCACUUGAGUUGCAUGAGACACAUGGUCCCGUGGUCCGACUCGGUCCAAAUCGGUAUACUUUCGCCAGCGCCUCUGCUCUGAAGGCAAUCUACGGUCCGGCCGCAGCCUCUCUCUUUCCCAAGUCCCCGUCGUACAGACCAGCAGCGCCGCCGGAUCCCUCGAAAUGGACGCUCUUUGCCGACGAAGACAUACAGCGUCACGCAGCUCACCGUCGCCUUUUCCAGAGCGCGUACUCCAUGUCCUCCCUCGUCACCUACGAAGCCUACGUCGACGAGUGCGCCGACCUCUUUGCCCUGCGACUCACCGAGCUCGGAGAGGCUGCUGAAUCCAGCAGUGAGGAGCAUCUGUCCCCUCCUGACAUGGGCCACUGGUUCCAGUGCUUUGCAUUUGACGUGAUCGGCCUCAUCACCUACAGCCGUCGGUUCGGUUUCCUCGACCGCGGCGACGAUGUGGGCGGCUUGAUCCGCACAAUCGACAAGGAGAUGGUCUAUUUCACACUCACGGGCGUCUUUCAUUCUCUCCACAAGCUUCUCUUUCCCAUCCGCAACCGCAUGGCAGGCAGUCAAGGCACCGGGCGCACGUACCUCAUGAAUUUCACCAAGGAGUGCAUAGCCGAGCACCAGAGCCGGCCAGCAGCCGCCUCGACCGAACAGGCCGAGGCGGCGAGGGCCCCGAUGGACUUCUUGUCCAAGUUCUUCCAGAAGCACGCCGGAGACCCGGCGCGCUUCACCAUGUACCACGUCCUCGCCGGGUGCGCCUCCAACAUUGUCGCGGGCUCCGACACGACGGCGACGAGUCUGUCGGGGAUUCUCUACCAUCUGCUGAAGGCGCCGGGCACGUUCGCUCGGUUGAGGGCCGAGGCUGACCAGGUGUCAGGUCAGGCGAGGCAUAUUUCGUGGGCCCAGACGCAGAAGAUGACCUAUCUUCAAGCCGUCAUCAAGGAGGCGCUGCGGCUUCACACGGCUGUCGCGCUUCCGAUGGAAAGAGUCGUCCCGACAGGCGGCGUGGAGAUUGAGGGCCAUUUCUUUCCUGAGGGUUUUGGCGCCGGCGCCCGGACAUGCAUAGGCCGCCACAUCGCCCACCUCCAAAUGGCCAAACUCAUCCCCCGCAUCGUACGCGACUUUGAUUUUAGCGACAUCAACAGUCCGAGCAAGGAGUGGUGGUCCACGACAAACUACUUUUUCCUCAAGCCAAGCAACUUCAGGUCGACGGAGCCCAACACCCCCAGUGCUAAUGAGAAGCACAAGACAAACGCCAUUUGA